AUGUUGCUUGUGUGGACGAGGGGACACAAAGUCGAUGUGUUGAAAGGAGCGCCCCUUUCGCCUGGUCGGAACACUUUGAAGUCGAGAAACUUCGGCCGGUCGGAAUUGUUAUCGCAAGAUUUAGCACUAAAAGCAAUUACCGCUAUAGGCCGAAAUCCGGAAGCCAUUAUGGGUCUGAAUCAUGAUCCAUGUCGAAUGCCGCGCAUCGGAAAGAGACAGUCUAGACGGAUGCGUUUCUUAGCCGCUAUUGAAUUCGUUCACCCGAACAUGAAAGGAGAGCUGACAUGGUCGAAAUUGAAUACCGAUCUAUUAUACACAGAGAAGAUUGGGAACCUUGUUAAAGCAGGAGGUAUUCCGCACUCCAUGCGACCUUAUCUAUGGCCACGAUUUGCUGGCGCUACAAAAAAGCGCACCGUUGCUGGCUACUCUUACGAUGAGGUGUUGCGGCAAUCCGCUCAGGAUAAACCGUCCAUAGGUACUCCUCAAAUUAUCGGGCCGUUGAAGGUGGAAAUUGCAAUGCGAUUUGCACAUCUUCUUCGUCUCUUCCCGAAACAACAACAAUCUGCCUUUGAUAAAGUGAAAUCUGUCUCGCUAAGAGGAGACGGAAGGGUAUAA